GAAGUGUCUCCUUUCUGCCUGUAAUUCUUCGGACAGCCCUACCCUACGCUCCUGCACUGAUCUCCGUCGGCUUCCCUCUCUGCGCGAAGAUGAGCGCCGUUUCUAGGGUUUCAAUCCCCAGCAGCGUGCGGAAGACGAUCCAAAACAUUAAGGAGAUCGCAGGCAACCACAGUGAUGAAGAAAUAUACUCAAUGCUCAAGGAGUGCUCCAUGGAUCCCAAUGAAACCGCUCAGAAGCUACUCUUUCAAGGUCGCAGCAACCUCUUCUCUCGAGGAUACCUUUCAUGAGGUCAGGAGAAAGUGUGAUAAGCGAAAAGAGAGCAAUAAAGAGGUUGCUGAUACUAACGGGAGGCCAGGACAACAAGGGCGGGUGGGCAGGACUGUUCGAGGAAGCUACAGUUCACGUUAUACUUUUCAUGCAGAUUCUGGUGCUGGAAGGAACUUGAAUGCUGUAAAGGGGAAUGGAAUCGCCCAAUUCAGGGACAAAGAUAUUACAUCUUUGCACCAUCCAGUGAACACAAAUUAUAAGGCUGUGAGUCCAGAAAGAAGGUCAACUGCAUAUAAGUCAAGAUCGAUGGUUGAUCUGCCCAAUGGACUAAGCAAAGCUGAGCGUUUAUCAGCUGAUGAUACAAGUUGCAGUGACGGCCAUUCAGUUGAACGAACAGCUGUUGAAAGCAAGACGAGCAGAAUUUCUUUUCAGAAAAAGAUCUCGGCACCAAGCACCAAUCAGGUUUUAUCAUCUAUUACCAUAACAUCUUCUGCAGGAGUUAAUACCUCAGAAUUAGAACCCGUUCUAGCUCCAUCUCCCGAUGCGAGCAUCCCAGCAUCAGUGGGUGCUGUCAAACAGGAAGCAAAUGCUGACUCAGUUAUUUCUCAGAAUGGUGGUGGUUCUGUGUUGUCAUUUGUAAAUGAAAGAGGUUCUUUAGAAAAAAAACAUUCUUUUGUCAAUGGCAGAGUUUCUGGGAACUCGCUGGAAGUCGAGGGAACGCAAGUUCUUGAUGCAUUUCAGUCCGCACCUUCAAAUGCUACUGUGGGUGCCUCUAGUAGUAGGCCAUCUAGUAACUAUGGCAACCGCUCGCAACAUGCAAGUACAUCUUUGAAGGCUGGUCCUAUGAUGGAAUGGAAACCUAAAUCCACAAAUGUAAACCCAUCACCAAGCUCUCAAGUCCGUAGCAUCUCUGGUGUGGACCUCAGCAAAGGGAAAGAAAGCGAGGAGGCUGUUUCUUGCUUUUUGCAUGCAGCAGAUUCGAUGCCUUCUGAUAUAUCUAAAGAAGUACUGAAUUUGGAGGACCUGUGUUUGUCAGACGCCCAACAUGUUAUCAUUCCAGAUCAUUUACAAGUCCCAGAAUCUGAAAGAACCGGCUUGAGCUUUGGAAGUUUUGGUUCGAACUUUGGAUUGGAUAUGGGAUUAAAAAUUGAACCUGAAAAAAUUAAAUGCCCUGAAGAACCAUCUGAGUUAUCUGGAGAGGUUGAUGAAAAUGUUGAACAGCUUCCAUCAUGUUCUAGAGAUGAAUCUCCAGUUGCUGAAGGAAACACUUAUUCAGAUGACCGACAACUAGAAAGGCCUGAAAAUCAUGAAUCAAGCGCUGUCGACAUUCUUUCAAUUAUAUCUCCGGUUGCAGAUUUUGAUCAAUCAAAAGCAGAGGUGCCUAUGGUGACAGAACCAUCUCAACGCUCCAUUAUUCAUGCUGCACCAGUAUACUCAAACUUUGGGUCAGCGCCACAAAAGAUUGGCAGCCCUUUUUCGACAUUUGAUGCUGCAGACAUACAUGCACGGGACACUGCCCGCCUUCCAGGCUUUGUUGUCCCACAACCUUUUGAUCCUUCUACGAACUAUUAUGCUUCAAUCUAUCGGCCCACUGCUGCUAGUGAUGGUCGUUUCUCUCCUUUUCUAUUAGCGGGUGCUGUUCCUAAAUACAACGGAAACAUUGCAAUCUUACCUUCCCAGACUAGCCAAGCUCCACAAGAGAGUGGUAAUUCUAUGGUUUUAUCUUCAACUGGACCAACUCCUAUUGUGGCUCAAACCCCUGGAGUAUUGCAGACUUCUGUUGCUGCUGGCCAGCAGCCAGUUCCUGUCUUUCGGCAGCCUGCUGGUGUACAUAUAUCCCAUUAUCAGCCUAACUACAAUCUAUAUAAUCAAUACUUUUCUCCAUUUUACGCUCCUCCUACAACCAUUCACCAUUUUUUAGGAAAUGCUGCCAUAUUCCCCCAACAGCUUCCAAUUGGAAGCCAAUAUCCACCUCCGACCGCUACGGCUGGCACCGCACCUGUCAAAUAUACCGUUUCUCAGUACAAGACUGCAACAAACUCUGGUUCUACUGGUCAAGGGACAUAUGGUAUGAAUCCUGCAGGUUACAGUUCGGUUGUUAGUGGCGGAAAUUCAACUACUAGUGAAGAUCUAUCUUCUUCUCAGUUCAAGGAAAACUAUGUGUUCAUUGCUGGACAACAGACUGAAGGUUCAACUGUCUGGAUUUCUCCUCCUGGCAGAGACAUUUCUACUUUACAGCCUGGUUCUUUCUAUAACGUCCCUUCCCAUGGCCAGCCUGUUGCUUUUGCUCCCACCCAAGCAGGGCAUGCAGCAGCAUUCACUGGUCUCUAUCACCCAUCACAAUCUCUUGCCGCGGGUUCCGUACAUCCCUUAUUACAUCAGUCUCAGGCCAUUAAUGGAGCUUCAGAAAUUGCCGGUCCUCCUGGUGUCUAUCAUCAGCCUCAACGCUCAUCACAGAUUAAUUGGGUUAACAAUUUUUGAGAGAUGCUUAAAUCAUUUCAAUUGGUAGCCAACUGCUCAGAGAAGAUCAGUCGGAUUAUAAAUCAUGGAAGCUAGCUACCCUUGAACCAAUCGUUGGGAGCAGAUGCGGCGAAGAAGAAUGUAUAUACAGAGAUAUCAAAGGAUUGGCAGACCAGUUUAGACUCGUCGAAAGGUUAAUAAGUUUCACCUUGGACCAAUGACUUGAUAAUUUAUAUUACUUUAUUUUGAUGUCAUGCGCAGAUCCUCUGCAAUUGGUUGCUGCUGCCUUCUCUGAUUGACUCGCUUGCUUUUUAGGUGAUGAGAAAUUCUAUUGUUCUUACCUGCGUUUUUUCUCUUCACCAAAGCUUUCUACCCCUUGAACCUUUGUUCUGAGGUUGUAAAGACUAUCUGUAAUGAUUUUCAGUGGAUUUUCCAUUCUUUUCAGUGCCUGUAAAGUAAAUUUUGAUGUUAGAAUAUGUUGUAUUCGGCAUAAUAGAAGCAGCAGCAUAAGCACAUUUCACCAUUACUCGUUUGUUUCUGUUCUUUAUAAUUGUAAUUUUGUUAUUAAAGCCUAGUCAUUUUUGCCUUUA